AGCGCCAGCCCCGAGCUCUUCGCUCUCUCAACCGCAGCGCAGGCAGAGUCCUGGGCUGGAAAGAAUCAUGACUGCUGAAAAGAGUAUUCCCAUAAUCAAUGGGAAGCCAGAGGAUGCUCUGGACCCUGAAGCCUCCAGUACCAACUUGGUGCACAGCAACGACAAGAAAGUGCAUGAAAGAGGCCACUGGAACAAUAAGGUUGAAUUUGUGCUCUCUGUGGCAGGGGAGAUUAUUGGGCUGGGAAAUGUGUGGCGAUUCCCUUAUCUCUGCUACAAAAAUGGAGGAGGUGCUUUUCUUAUACCCUAUGUGAUUUUCUUUAUUUGCUGUGGAAUACCAGUGUUUUUCCUCGAAACAGCCCUUGGACAGUUCACAAGUGAAGGUGGCAUUACCUGCUGGAGAAAAGUUUGUCCACUGUUUGAAGGUAUUGGAUAUGCUACCCAGGUUAUUGAAGCACAUUUGAAUGUUUACUACAUCAUCAUUUUAGCCUGGGCUAUCUUUUACCUGUUUAACUGCUUUACUACGGAACUUCCCUGGGCAACCUGUGGGCAUGAAUGGAACACAGAGCAUUGUGUGGAAUUUCAAAAAAUUAAUAUGAGCAAUUGCACGCAACAAUAUUUGCAGAAUGCUACUUCUCCAGUUAUGGAAUUUUGGGAACGCAGGGUGUUGGCCAUAUCUGAUGGAAUUGAACACAUUGGAAAUCUCCGCUGGGAACUGGCAUUAUGUCUCCUGGCUGCUUGGACUAUCUGCUACUUUUGCAUUUGGAAAGGAACAAAAUCAACUGGCAAGGUUGUAUAUGUAACUGCUACAUUCCCUUACAUCAUGCUCUUGAUUCUGCUGAUUCGAGGAGUAACAUUACCUGGAGCCUCUGAAGGGAUAAAAUUCUACUUGUACCCUGACCUAUCUCGACUUUCUGACCCACAGGUCUGGGUGGAUGCCGGGACACAGAUAUUUUUCUCCUAUGCCAUCUGCCUAGGAUGCUUGACUGCUCUAGGGAGCUACAAUAACUACAAUAAUAAUUGCUACAGAGACUGCAUUAUGCUCUGCUGCUUGAAUAGUGGCACAAGCUUUGUGGCUGGUUUUGCCAUCUUUUCUGUCCUCGGCUUUAUGGCUUAUGAGCAGGGUGUGCCCAUCGCAGAAGUUGCAGAAUCUGGACCUGGACUUGCUUUUAUUGCUUAUCCAAAAGCUGUAACAAUGAUGCCUCUUUCUCCAUUGUGGGCAACUUUGUUUUUCAUGAUGCUCAUAUUUCUUGGAUUAGAUAGUCAGUUUGUCUGUGUUGAAAGUCUUGUGACAGCUGUGGUAGAUAUGUAUCCAAAGGUUUUCCGGAGGGGAUACAGACGAGAACUGUUGAUUCUUGCUCUUUCAAUUGUGUCAUUCUUCCUUGGUCUAAUAAUGUUAACAGAGGGAGGGAUGUAUGUUUUCCAGCUGUUUGACUCUUAUGCAGCCAGUGGAAUGUGCCUUCUUUUUGUUGCUAUAUUUGAAUGUAUCUGCAUUGGCUGGUUUUAUGGAAGCAAUCGCUUUUAUGACAACAUUGAAGAUAUGAUUGGGUACAAACCCCUAGCAUUGAUCAAAUGGUGUUGGAUGCUGCUCACUCCUGGCAUUUGUGCAGGCAUCUUCAUCUUUUUCUUGGUGAAAUAUAAGCCUCUGAAGUACAACAAUGUAUAUACAUACCCAGACUGGGGCUAUGGCAUUGGCUGGAUGAUGGCUCUCUCCUCCAUGAUUUGCAUUCCUUUGUGGAUCUGCAUUAAAUUCUGGAAGACAGAAGGAACCAUGUUAGAGAGAUUCAGAAAACUGAUUGUGGCUAGCCCAGAUCUGAAAAUGAGAGGAAAGCUUGGAAUAGGCUCGUAUGCUACAGUAAAUGACUGUGAUGCCAAACUGAAAAGCGAUGGCAAUAUUUCAGCCAUCACGGAAAAAGAGACACAUUUCUAA